AUGUCCAUCCUCCUCCAGGGUAUUACUUUCUCAGUGGAUUUCUUUGUAUUGGUCAUUGAAGGUCCGAAUGUAGUGUUGGGAUUUCCUUGGCUCCAAUCGUUGGGAAAGGUUGCACAUGAAUAUUCAUCCUUGAUGAUGGAAUUCACUUGGCAGGGUGUUCCGGUGACUUUACCAAGUUGGACCUUCGUGCAGGUUACCACCAAAUCUGUGUGCACUCUCGUGACACUUACAAGACAGCUUUUCGAACUCAUGAAUCGCACUUUGAGUUCCUUGUUAUUCCAUUUGGCCUCACAAACGCCCCAUAAACUUUCCAAGCCUCAAUGA